UGAAGAUAACUGGCAAUAAUUUAAAGGAGCAGCCUUAACAUGCUAAAUGGUUUGAGUUUUAUAUCAUGUCUGAAAGUUUUGAAUAGCUCUAUUUAUGUUUACUCACAUUUUACAACUAUAUUGCACAAUAAUAUUUUUUUAAUUUGCAUCUGUCUUUCAUAAAGCAAACAAAAGCAUACAUCAUAUAGGCUAAUGAACGUCUGUAUUUUUCUCUAUCAAAUAACAUCAGAGGCUAUCUUUGUAGAAGGUUCUACCAACAAAUGACAGAGAAAAAAUUCUUAGGUUUUCUCAGAUUUAUCUACAAAUGAAAGGAAGAAAUUAAAAGUUCACUGAAACUAGAGAUAAGGUUCUGGUUUCUGUUUUAGCAAAGCGAUGCAAAAAAAUCAAGCCUGAGCCUGAACAACAUUCUAGACUGUAAAGCAAACAGAAAUUGAUAUUCCAAGUACUUUGCUGAAAAUAAGCUAGUUGAAUAGCUACAUGCCUUGUUAUUAACAUUUGUAUUCUAUUUUUUUAUUCUCCUGUGAAGUCAUGCUCCAACCUAUAUCAGGUCAAUGUUAAGUCAUCAGACCAAGAAAAAACUUGGAGCUAAAAGAAGAUCAAUAGUAACAGCAGCAAUGCGGGUAAAUCAGUGGAAGGAUUGAUGCACUUGACAAAAUGCUCCUCUGUUUGUCUGUUUCUUUAUCAGAUCCUCUGUUGUUCUCUGUUGCUGCUGUCACCAGCUGGUCCCUGACUGUUUAUGUAUUGGUUGUUUUUGUUUGCUCCCCCACCCCUCCUUGUGUGUGUGUGUAGGCUAGCCUUUGUAUAUAAAUUCCCCUGUGUGUUCAUUGAGAGAGUCAGUUAGUUUUGGUUGAGUUGGUAUGCUUUAGUUGAUUAUUUUUUGGGCCCAUUUUUCUUAUAUUUCUUUUUGAAAUUUGUUGUAAAAAAAAUCUUUAAACUCUUUGAAAAAUUAAAUAGUUGUUUUUUUUAUGCCUUUGUCCUUGAGUUUGCUGGUCGGACCAUCACAGUUAGUAUUAAACCACAACUUCCUAAUUUCAUCAACACAGAGUAGGAACGAUCGCUAAAGUGACAAACCGGCUUCACAACAAAUAUUUUGUGUUUGGCAGAUCGAAGUCCUAAAAAUGAAAGGUGAGGCUGAUGAGCCUGAACACUGCAAAACAUUUGAGUCAAAUUUAGUUGUGUCUACUAUCUUCUACUCUUUAAGUAAAAUAUGUUUAUCAGAUCAGAGUUUUAGAUUUUGAACCUAAAUGUGUGAGUUUGUGAAAAGAUAAACUUACUGAAGUAAGUUGUGUUAACUUUUUUAUUAAUUUUGUCAAAACUACAAGAGCUAAGAAAACUGGAGUUUUCAGGUUAGAACAACAGAAAGAAGAAAAAGACAAGAGAGGGAACAAUUUCCCAGUGUGCUUAGCGGCAUGAUUUUAUAUCCUGAGAUGGAAGUGCAUCACAUUGAUCUGACUCUUGUUUGUUAUUAAGGCAAAUGUUUAUUUUAAUGCAGCUGACAGUUUGCAAAGCUUGAGGAUAAAGUUCUGUUCACACUAAAUGUGUAUUGUGAAAUAAUUACUUGGUUAGGGUAAAGUUACAGCAUUAAGUUAAAACUCACAAUUUGCCAUUAAAGAACUUAAAAAACAAUGUUUAGACAACUUGUUUCUUGUUGUAUUAACUUCAUGAAUUUUAAUUUCUGAGUUAAAACCAAUACAAUUUUCUUGUUGACUUUGCAUUUUCAAGGCAGCAUUUUGACUUUCAUUUGCUAGUUUAUCCACCUUCAGAUAUUUUACAGUAAAGUGGGGCGCUCUGUCGGUGCUUGGUGGUGAGAGGCCAUCUUUAAAGAAAGCAGCUGGGUUUUUUUUGUGUGUGGAAGCCAUAAAAACAGGACCGGAUCAUCCGAAAUGACGCUCUGGAUUCUAAUCAGUUUAGGCAGAAACCAGUUCCUGAGGAAAAGUAAAGGAUUUCAGUCCUAACAUCACCACUUAUCAUUUCUGUGACAUGAAGAUAUUAUUUCUUCUUCUAUUAUGUGGCGCUUCAUCACCAGAAAAACACUCACUGACAGUUCUGGUUACUGCCUCUUCUGGACUCCCUCAUUUCCCAGACUUCAUAACCACCACCCAGGUGGAUAAGCUGCCAACAAGUUACUGUGACAGCAACAAAAAUAUCAGAGCAAACCCAAAAUAUGGACCAAAAUUAAUGAACAUUGAGUCACAGAUUGCUGAUUGGUAUAUUGAACAGUGUUUUGAAAUAAUGUCUGAUUAUCUCAAGGUUAAGAUGGAAAUUUUAAAGGACCUGAACCAAAGUGAAGCUGUUCACAUCUUACAGGUUAUUAUUGGCUGUGAAUGGGAGAAAAAGACAAAAGAAACAGUCUCCUUUUUACAGUUUGGAUAUAAUGGAGCAGACUUUAUCAAAUUUGACCCAAAGAAGUUGACAUGGAUUCCUCAAACUGCCCAGGCUGUCAGCAUCAAACCAAAAUGGGAAGCUGAUGAAUCCACAUCCCAUUUGGAGCGCAACAAGGACUUCUUAAAUCAAAUAUGCCCUGAUUGGCUGAAGAAAUAUAUGGCCAAUAACAAAGGCCCUCUGCAGAGCUCAGUUCUUCCCUCAGUGUUUUUCCUCCAGAAGUCUCCUGACGCUGCAGUCAGCUGCUUCGCUACUGGUUUCUAUCCCAACAAAGCUGUGAUGUUCUGGAGGAAGGAUGGAGAGGAGAUUCAUGACAAUGUGGACAAAACAGAGAUCCUCUGUAACCAGGAUAACACCUUCCAGAUGAGAGCAGACAUUAAUAUUUCAUCUGUGAACCCUGAAGACUGGGAAAGAUAUGAGUCUGUGUUUCAUCUGGUGGAUGUCAAAGAUGAUGUUGUCAACAGACUGGAGAAAGAAAAGAUCCAAACCAACUGGGGAAAAACACAGAAACAAAAUGAUGAGGAAAAGCCUAUGGGCAUGAUAGUUGGGAUCACUGCUGCAGUGGUUUUUCUUGUUAUAAUUGUUGCUGCUGUUGGAUUUAUGGUCAUCAAAAAUAGGAAAGCUCCCGUCAACAGCAUUGAAUUGUCUGAGAGACUCAAUCAAGAAACCAGACUGAAGUUAAAUCUGGACUCUAACAGUUAAAACAAGCUUAGAGAAGAAGAGAUGAUUCUGUUCUGUUCUGAAUUAAGCAUGCAAUAUUUUGAUUUUAUGGACCAAGUUUGCAUUCAGAACAUUUGAGUUCUUCACUGUAAGUCAGUAAAGAUGUAUUAAAUACUAAGAAUACCAUUUAUUUUGUAUUGUAAUGACAAUGUAUUUCAUACUGUAGUUGCAGGAAGUGCUUUUUUCUAUGAAAUAUGUAAAAAAUUGUACUAUUUUUGUUUUUAUUUGUCCAUGUAGCAAUGAAUUAAGCAUGCAAUAUUUUGAUUGAACAAAGUCCAAAAAAAAUGUAAGUUCAAAAGUUGUCAGUAUUACACAAGCACAGGUAUUUUGAGACCAUUUUCUCUUCAUGUGGCUGGGAGCAGCCGGUCAUCUGUUUUACAAACCUACCAGAGAAACUGGCUCAAUCGGUCUCCACACCUACAAGGUGGAGGCCUCAGACUGCAGGUGAUGAAGGGAGCACAAAGUAACCAGGUGAGGCAGAGGGACCUGUGAUCACCAACUGAACGGCGUUCAGCUGAUGAAACUCUGCUCUAAAUAUCUGAGCAUUUAGAUAUUUAGAGGAUAAGUGUGUAAUCCUCACACUUACAAUCAUAAACAUGUCUCUCUGUUUUUAGUUAUGCAAGUGCUCUGUGUAUGUUUUAUACUGAAGGAUAAACUGAAACAAGACAAAGUUUUUAGUUUGCAGGUAUAUCCUCAUUCCUAGCCAGACCCGCCAUGCUAAAAGAAUAAAACUUCCAGAAGUUUAAAUGAACUUCCCCGACAGGGUGGAUCCACUUUUGAAGUGAUGAGCAAAGCUAAUAGGGAACUAAAAUAAUUUUUCUGUGGGUAUUAUUUUCUGUGACUUUAAAACAUGCUUUAGUUUGCUCUGUAUUGCAUCUUGUUAAAGGUAAUUUGAUGCCAAACACUCAUCAUCUGAGUUAUUUUUAUCUCCUGCUUUUCCUCUUGACUUGAUGUUCUUUUGAUAAAGAAAACUCCCUCUUGGCUAAAAUACUUCUGGUUCAGAUUAGAUAGUAUCAUUUAUUGGAUUAGAAAUCAUAAGCUAUAAGUUUGUUUGUAAUCUGUAAUUCACCAUUGGACAGACGGCGGGUCAGACAGUUCUAUCUGCAGAAACUGGAAUAAAUCAGAUGUGAAGGAAACUUAUGAUAUGCUGCUGGCUUCAUUUAACAAAAUGAAAGAACUGAUCAGAAGUUGGAAAAACUGGUUUUACUGCAUUAUGUUUGCUAGCACCAUGUUUUUAUGUAAGACACAUCAGUCUUCUGUUGUCUUUGUUACUUUUGUAUUUAGCAAAAAUAAUCUACA